CGUCAACGCUCCCACCACGUGACACGCACGUCGCCCGCGUUUGCUUGUGUUGCGCCCGCCAGAUUGUUCCGCAGCCACCGCCAUCUGCACGUUGCCGGUCGUGACUGGCCUUCGUGGUGAGAUGCCCACCUGGCUUGAGUAUACGCUGCGGUUCACGGGCGUGCGGGCGGUCGAAGAUUCCAAAGCGUUCGCUCCAUCUCUCGUCUCUUGUCGGGGAUGUUUUCGUGGUUAGGUGUGUCGUGGCUCCGAAGAAGAUGCGCGCGGCGGCGGAACAACGUCGUCGGCCAUGCUUCAACUCAUAUCCCUGUGACGUUUAGCCGCGACAGAGGUCCGUCGAAAUCGUGUCACGACGCCGUCCGACUGGUUGACACGGUCGACGCCUCGCAGCAUCCUGUCCUUCUCUUACCACGCGCUUCGCAUCCAUCGCGACCCGCGCGCCGUGCCCUCGUCAUGCUUGCAUGACCUAGCUGCACACGGGCUCAUCAAUCCGGAUAUCGUCCACAUGAUCCAUCUCGGAACAGAGCUGUUGCUACAACCAGCGCGCCGAAACAGAAGGAGAAUGCGAACAACCCGACACAAUCCCAACGAAACGCAGACAACGUCGAUCGUCGCUGCCGUCUCGACCGCGACGCGUGGACAAGGACACCCCGUGCAGCAGUCGCGUGUUGUUGCGCGCCCAUCGGCAGCGCGGCCGCCACAUAUCGGGUCAGCACACCAUGGCCAGUUUUCAGGCCAGCACAAGAGACGAGAUCGCGUCCGAUUGGCUGAAACGACCACAUCCAAUCAGAUGGCGCCGUUUGCGACACAAUCGGUCGAAAUGCUCAUUUGGAGAUUUGACAGCGAUGGCCCAAGGCAUCCACUUGAAGGCGACUGUGCAGUACAUUGUUCCCGCCGGAGCGACCGUCGCGGACGUCCUUCAAGUGUUCCGAAGCCCCAACUGGGUCUCGUACAUGAUGCGGUACAUCGUUCCGCAGCUCAAGGCGUCGACGCCGGCGACCAAGACCGCGUUGGAUGUGUGUCCUCGCGUUCAAGAGUCGUCGCGCGCUCAAGACAACGACUGUGUCGUUUGUAUGAACGCCAACACGUACCACGAGUCGCUUGUCCUGCCGUGCGGACACGUUUUCCACGAAGCGUGCAUUGGAUCGUGGCUGCGACUUCGAAGCACGUGCCCCACGUGUCGAUACCAGUUUGAAAAGGAGAUUUCAGGCCGAUAUGCGAUUCGAUGCAUCAACUCUGCCCUCGUUCUCGACAAUGUGGAAUCCACCAAGGAAGCGAUGCUCGCCCGACGCAUCGGUGGUGAAACCGUUAUGGUCGCUGUGCACGUGACGCUCAUCCAAGCGUCUCAGUUUGCUCCAAAUGAAAAGUAUCCGUGCGUCCUGAACGCCGCCGUGAUGCGAAGCCCCAUUCAACACACAACCAUCGGCACUCUUAGUAGCAGCCAGCCGUCGCAUCACCGGCGGAAGAGCUCUCGGCUGCCCUCUCCCGCGUCGUCGUCGCGGAGUACGAAACGUAUCAAGCAAUCGUAAAUAAUUCCUUAUUUAAUCUUAUCCAAGUGUAGACUCUGUCCACCACGUUUCUCAAAAUCUUGCCUUUUGC